AUUGAGCCGCUCGAGAAAUGGAUUAAGUUGGUUUUCUAGGUAUCAUUUGGCGCGGUGUGGAAAGUAGAACUGCAAAAAUUGAGCUCUGAGUAUCGAAUCUCUCAAAUUCCCAUGUCUUACAAAUUCUCCACAAUCUCGCCAUUCUCAAUCCACGCUUCUUCCUUCUUCCGCUGUUAAAAUGCCGCGACCUGAGCUUCAUUCUUGCAGCUCCCACUUUCAAGAACCAUCUCAUCCUCACACUUUCUCUUGCCGUAGUACGAAUUUGAGCUUCUUCGUCAGCGGCGGCUUGUUUCCUGACCCUGCACUUCAAUCUUCCUUCGUCAAUUCAAUUUGGCCGAAGAAUUCUUCGACUCAAGAUUCCGGUUCUGGUUCUGGUUCGGCUUCGUUUUGCCAUCAAGAACCUGCGUUUUUUGGGGUUUUGCGGUGGCGGAAGAACCCUCGCAUUGCUCACUGCGGGUUCUUGUCUGUGAGUUUGAGAGGCGAUAGUUUUGUUCGGGAACAGAAGGUGCAUGUUGAUGGAUAUGAGAACUGUAAGAAGGCGGGAAAAUGCGAGGGAGCAAUUGCGACUCUCGAGAACGAUAAACGAGAGAAGCAUACGAUACGGAAAAGAGGCGCUAUGAACACUACGAAACACCUCUGGUCUGGUGCGAUUGCCGCCAUGGUUUCCAGAACUUUUGUUGCGCCACUUGAGAGGCUAAAGUUGGAAUAUAUAGUUCGUGGUGAGCAGAGAAAUCUUUUUGACCUCAUCAAGAAAAUUGCAGCUUCUCAAGGCUUGAAAGGGUUUUGGAAGGGGAACUUUGUCAAUAUUCUUCGAACAGCUCCUUUUAAAGCAGUGAACUUUUAUGCUUAUGAUACUUACAGAAAACAACUGCUUAAAUUUUCUGGACGUGAGAAUACUUCAAAUUUUGAGAGAUUUGUUGCUGGUGCUGCAGCAGGCAUUACUGCCACUGUACUCUGCCUACCCCUUGAUACAAUCCGAACAAAGAUAGUGGCGCCUGGUGGGGAAGCUUUAGGUGGUGUUAUUGGUGCUUUCCGCCACAUGAUCCUAACUGAAGGGUUCUUUUCUCUUUACAAGGGCUUACUACCCUCCAUUUUAAGUAUGGCGCCUUCUGGUGCAGUCUUCUAUACUGUAUAUGAUAUGCUAAAAACUGCUUAUCUGCACUCACCGGAAGGAAGGAAAAGAAUUCAGAACAUGAAGGAACAUGGGCAGGAAUUGAAUGCUCUAGAUCAGUUGGAGCUAGGACCAAUUAGGACUUUACUUUAUGGUGCUAUAUCUGGUGCUUGUGCUGAAGCUGUGACAUACCCAUUUGAAGUAAUCAGGAGGCAGCUUCAAAUGCAAGUUCAGGCAACUAGAAUGAGUGCCUUUGCAACCUGUUCUAAGAUAGUUCAGCAAGGAGGAAUACAGGCUUUAUAUGCAGGACUUCUUCCCAGCUUGUUGCAGGUACUUCCUUCAGCAGCCAUAAGUUUUUUCGUUUAUGAGUUUAUGAAGAUUGUCCUUAAAGUGGAAUGAAUGACGACAACGGAAUGUAUGGAGGUGCCUGAUCAGUUGGCCCAACAUAGUUCACAGUUAAGCAUCAGAAAUACCCUUGAACUAUAACCACAUUAUGGUAAUCAGUGAUUGCUGUUUGUUUCCCCUGUUUAUUCUUUCACUUUAAGAAGUACAGUAGAUUCCUCAAAUUCAAUGUCCUAAAAUUCAUUUUUUUUUUCCUUUUUUUGUAUCCUUGAACUUUGUUCUUGAUCAUAGGGCAUAUCCAUCACUGCCAAAUUUUGACUGCAACAGGAGCUUCUUUUUGAAAAGAAUGUUCCACACAAACCCAAUUCUCAAACUAAUUCAAAUAUACCAUUCUCUGUAUUUAAAGGUUUGUCGCCAACCGGAUAUACCCAUGGCCAUCAUUCAUGCAAAUUUUCAAUUGUCAAUGUAACAAAAACAUGUACUUGUAGAAUAAUGCAAUGAUAUGUACUUAUCAUGAAGAUUUGGAUUCAAAGAAAAUCAUUUGUUUAUGUCAAUCUAAAAUGUUAGUCCUGA